GGCAGCAACAAUUAUGGAAUCUUGCAGCGCGUUUAGCUGAUAAUCAUCAUUCUAUCUACACAGUUUUACGGAUUACACAGGUUCACCGCCGUCAGAUCACUCCUCGUUGGACGGGCUUUCCCAUUGAGGAGAAAGGUGCGUUCUGUGUGUGUUUGUGUGUUAGUGUGUGGUACCUCCUCGGUCCUCGCUUACCAAAGCCGGAGAUAGUGGCCACCUGCCAAGCAAUUACCUAACUACCAGAGCUUUAACGGAGUCGGCAAAACCUCUGACUCCAGGUAUAAUUUCCACCCCUCGUACCUCUCUUUUCCAUCACUCGCCAUGUCACAUCUUGCUCCUUCUUUUGCGAGGCAGGCUGUUCGCAUCGCAACUCGCCGUUAUCCAUCAUCCGCCUUUGCCCGUGCUGCUCCUGGUGCUGCAGCACUCCGCAGCCAUGGAUACAGGAGCUAUGUAACGGAGACGAAGCCAUCCAAUGCCACCGUCAACGUCGAGACUGCCAUCAAGGCUGAUCAAAAGGCCUUCUUGGAGGAGACUGGGAAGAGGCCUCAAGAUGUCUCCAUGCCCACCACCGGCAUGGCAGCUGAUGCCAUGCUGAGCCCCUCUGCCGGUAUCUUGAAGCAAGCUACCAUCAUGGAUGAGGGUUCCCGUCCCAUCUACAUGGAUAUGCAGGCUACCACACCCAUGGACCCGCGAGUGGUCGAUGCCAUGCUACCAUUCAUGACUGGCCUCUAUGGUAACCCUCAUUCUCGAACCCAUGCAUAUGGUUGGGAGACCGAGAGGGCCAUCGAGCAAGCUCGUGAGCAUAUUGCAGACCUCAUUGGCGCCGAUCCGAAGGAAAUCAUCUUCACAAGUGGUGCGACCGAGAGUAACAACAUGAGCAUCAAGGGUGUUGCUCGCUUCUUCAAAAGAUCUGGCAAGAAGAACCACAUCAUCACUUCACAGACUGAACACAAAUGCGUCUUGGACAGCUGCAGGCACUUGCAAGAUGAGGGUUUUCAGGUGACAUACCUGCCAGUCCAGAGCAAUGGUCUCAUCGACAUGGCUCAGCUCGAGGCUGCCAUUCGACCGGAAACCUGCAUCGUCAGUAUCAUGACUGUCAACAAUGAGAUUGGUGUGGUGCAGCCUAUCGAUGAAAUUGGCAAGCUUUGCCGAUCGAAGAAGAUAUUUUUCCACACCGAUGCCGCUCAAGCUGUUGGCAAAAUCCCACUCGACGUCAACAAAUCCAACAUUGACCUUAUGUCGAUCUCCGGCCACAAGAUCUACGGACCCAAAGGCAUAGGAGCCUGCUAUGUUCGCAGACGGCCUCGUGUACGUCUCGACCCUCUCAUCAGUGGUGGUGGCCAAGAGCGUGGCUUGAGGAGUGGUACACUGGCCCCACACCUAGCCAUUGGUUUCGGAGAGGCAGCUCGAAUCUGCAAAGAGGAGAUGAAGUACGAUACCAACCAUGUAACAACACUGGCUAAUCGUCUCCUCAAUGGGUUGUUGUCUUUGGAGCACACUACACUCAACGGUGAUCGGGAGAGACAUUAUCCCGGCUGUGUAAACGUCUCCUUUGCAUAUGUGGAGGGUGAAUCCCUUCUCAUGGCGCUAAAGGAUAUUGCCCUCUCGUCUGGUAGUGCAUGUACAUCUGCCUCAUUGGAGCCAAGUUACGUCCUACGCGCUCUUGGCAGCAGUGAUGAAAGUGCACACAGCAGUAUUCGAUUCGGAAUCGGUCGAUUCACGACAGAUGCUGAGAUUGACUACGUAUUGAAGGCUGUCCGAGAACGUGUUACUUUCCUUCGCGAACUGAGUCCCUUGUGGGAAUUGGUGCAAGAGGGAAUCGAUUUGAACACGAUCGAAUGGAGCCAGCAUUGAGAAUGAGAAAAAGGAAAAUACCCUAGCAUUUUGUAUGAUAUUUAAUGGUGCACCGGAUUUAACGGCAUUUAUGGGAACACGCUCGUUGCAGCGUUGAUGACGGAGACUACGAACAUUCGCUGUAUUAUAAUUAUUACGCUCUUGAUUGAACCUUGUUCGGAGCUAUUGUAUUAAAAUGCCACAACAUUGUCUGGCGGCCGCAUAGGUUUCUCUCCUAGCUUUGGCAAUUUUGCACCCCAAGUACUGUAUUAUAUAUAACUUGAGAAAAUGAACAUCGCUGCCUAAU